AUGUCUCGAAUCCAAGAGCUUUCCGCAUCGGAUGUCGAAGAAGGUUAUUCCUCCAAGCAGGGCCAAGUUUACCUGGGUUUUGUCGAUGCUACUAUCAAGCAGACAGACUCGAUAUCUAUCGAAGAUACUUUCAUAGGCGGGGAACCCCUUUGGCUUCAUCCAGACUCGAAACCUUCUGUGGAUCUUUUGAAAUGUGGUGCUUGCAAGUCUUCUGAUUCGAUGAAGCUUCUUCUGCAAGCGUUUGCACCUUUGGAUGAAGAACAAGUUGAAGAAACUGCCGAAAAGUUGAACCUGACUCAAUUCUCUAGCAAAUGGAUCAAUGCAAAUGACGACAGAGUUUUAUACAUAUUUAUGUGUUCCAAGUGUCGAAGAAGGGCCAACACGGUCCGGUGUGUGCGUGGUGUGAAGAAGGCCAAGGUUUCUACCUCUGCCAGUGACAUUUCUGCUAAAUUGACACAAGUCCCUGCGGGCAAAAAUUUUGACAUCAAUCCAUUUGAUUUGCAAAAAUCGGCUCAAAAUCCGUUUGCCACUCCGUCUUUGUCGGGCUCGACCAAUCCAUUUGCCAACGCUGCGGAAAAUCCUUUUCAGAUGCCUAAAACAGAACUGAAGAAGCCAUUGAAACAAGAAGCGUCAGCUAAAACCAUUCGAAAGGAGCACGAUGCAAAACCUGACAAGAAUUUUGACUCAAAAACGGCAUUCCCAGGCUAUUUUUUGUUCGUCGAGGAAGAGUCCUUCAAGAACAAAACUCCAGAUCAUCUCAAAUUGCCCAAGAAUUUGAAAAUAGAUGAGUCCGCGUUGGACGCCACGGUAGGCGACGACUCGGCUAUGGAAAAAUCUCCUAUCAAGCUCGAUCCAAGAACUGAAAAGCUUUCGAAAUUCUUGGACGACGACAUUUUCCAAAAAUUUCAGGAAAUCGCGGGCUACAAUCCUUUGCAAGUUUUACGCUAUGAUUUUGGAGGCAAACCACUUUACUACGCUCAGACUUCUGUUAACAUUGAAAAUACGAUACCAAGCCCCAGUUACAAUCCUUCUUCCGCAAGGGUUUUCGAGUUGCAAUUAAUGCCAAAGAUGAUCUUAGAUCUUGAACACGAUGUAUCUGUGGAAGAAGGUAUGGAUUGGGGUACCAUUUUCAUAUUCAGUGACAUCGAGAAUUACACACCGGACUUUGAUGAACAUGGAGUUUGUUAUGUGGAGGAGACCGCUCGUGUUCAAUGGGAAGCUGAAAGUUAG